AUGACAUUCACUGGUAGACCCAUUCGAAUUGCAGGUGCCUCAGGCUCUGCUUCAGACCGGCGCCAUGCCAUCGCUGAAUUUGCCCGACAGUAUCCAACCGAUCCGGUGGAUGUGAUUAUCGCUGAUUUCAUGAGCGAAUUCAAUAUGGCUACUUUCGCAGGUCGGCGGAUGGAUCAGGAUUUGAAUGCAAUGCCAGCGUACGAUUUGUCGUUCCUUGAGGCAUUGGAACCGGCUUUGGGCGAUAUAGCCAAAUAUGGCAUCAAAGUCGCUGUGAAUGCGGGUGUGUGUGACACGAAAGGUCUCUUUGAUGCUGUUUCGCAAAUGGUGCAUUCGAAAGGUCUUGAUUUGAAGGUAGCUUACGUCACUGGCGAUGAGGUAUUGCCUACUAUCCAGACGGCUCUUUCUGGUGGCCAAUCUGAAUUUCGGAACAUCUAUACGAAUGAGCGUUUGGCUGAUUGGAAUUUUGAGCCUAUAUAUGCGCAGUGUUAUCUCGGUGGACUGGGGAUUGCUGCUGCUCUCGCCGAAGGGGCUGAUAUUGUGCUCUGUGGUCGAGUAUCGGAUGCCUCGCCUGUGAUCGGUGCUGCCUACUGGUACCAUGGCUGGCAGCGUGAUGAUUUGGACAAGUUAGCGAAUGCUUUCGUUGCAGGUCAUCUCAUUGAAUGCAGCAAUUAUGUCUGCGGUGGUAAUUUCACUGGCUUCAAAGUUUUGGAGCAUGAUGGUGAUGGUGAUGGCUGGGCGGAUAUCGGAUAUCCGAUCGCUGAGAUCUCCGCCGAGGGCGAUGUCGUGAUCACCAAGCAGGCCCAUGCGACCGGUGGUAUCGUUACUGUGGAUACUUGCACUUCUCAAUUAUUGUAUGAGAUUCAAGGGCCGUGGUACUACAACUCAGAUGUAACCGCCAUCAUAGAUGGCAUUCACUUCGAGCAGCGAGGUAUCAAUCGAGUUGCUGUACGAGGUGUCCGAUCAGGACCACCCCCUCCCACCACAAAAGUUGGCAUCACAGCCCGCGGAGGAUUCCAAGCUGAAGUAUGGUGGUUCUUGACUGGGCUUGAUAUCGAAGACAAGGCUCGAAUGCUCGAGACCCAGAUCCGAAGACUGCUUGCCCCCUCUGCCAAUCGAUUCACAUCUCUCAAAUUUGACUUGCUUGGUUCGAAUCUGCCAGAUGCAAGUACCCAAAAUCGCGCCACUGUGCCCCUUCGAAUCGUGGCACAAGCACGAGAUGCGGACGCUCUCGGGCCGAAGAAUUUUAUAAAACUUGUGUCAGACAACAUCAUGCAGGGCUACCCAGGAGCCACUUUCCACCUGGACAUGCGCCAGGGCUUCCCCAGGCCAGUCUUUGAAUAUUACGUAACUCUUCUUCCGCAAACGUCUGUUCAGCAUCAAGUCCACUUGCCCUGGAAACCAACUGCAAGCACCCAAGUACUUGACAUCCCGCCUCCAUCAAGGACUAAGACAUACCCUUCCCGUCAACCUUCACAGGCUGUCACAAUUUCCAAUAAAGGUGUGGAAUCGAAGGAGUUCGGCCCGACGGUCCGUGGUCCACUUGGAUGGAUUGUUCAUGCCCGCUCAGGAGACAAAGGCUCUGAUGCCAACUGUGGCCUCUGGGUCCGUCAUCGUGAUGAAUAUUUAUGGUUGCGAACUCUGUUGUCGAUAGACGCAGCACGUGAGCUUCUUGGGGAUGACGCCCGUCAGCAGCCGCAGCUGGCCAUCGAGCGUUUUGAGCUUCCCGGACUUCAAGCGGUCCAUUUUCUCUUCCGCAACCUGCUCGACCGGGGUGUUGGGGUCACGACCACAGUGGACUUUUUGGGGAAGAAUGUGGCGGAAUACCUUCGGUCACGGCAUGUCGAUCUGCCCACCCGUUUCCUGAAUCGUGGAAAGCUGUAG